AUGCUCACGUCAGCAACGCGCACGCUCCUGCAGAAGGCUGCGUCCGACGUCGCCACAGGCACCGCCACAGGCACCGCGUCCGUUUCCGCGUCCGUUGCCGCCGCAACCGCGUCCGACGCCUACUCCAUGUAUGGCGGCAUGACCCCCAACCUCGCGUUCAACAGCGCCAUGGCGGCCAUCUUCGGAGUUCUGUUCAUACUGCAGCUCGCCGCAGGCGUGUACACCCGCCAGUGGUGGAUACUGGUGUCGUUCCUGUGCGCGUGUGCUCUGGAGGUAGCCGGCUACAUCGGAAGAGCGCUUGGACACAACGACACGACCAACAUCGACACGUUUCUGCUGCAGUUCAUCUGUCUCACGAUCGCGCCCGUGUUCACCAUGGCCGGCAUCUACUACCAGCUGGGCAAGCUGGUGGAAAUCUACGGCCACCGGUUCGCGCUGCUGAAAAAUCCCAUGCUGUACUCGUGGAUAUUCAUGGCGUGCGACGUGAUCUCGCUGAUCGUCCAAGCAGUGGGCGGCGGGAUGUCCGGAAGCGCCGCGGCCGACAACACGGACACGGCCACCGGCGACCACAUCUUCGUGGCGGGACUGGCUUUCCAGGUAGCGUCCAUGUCGGUGUUCCUGGUGCUGUGGUUCCACCUGCUGUACCAGAUCUUCGUGGUCUCGCGCAUGGAGCACACGGGUGCCAGCAAGCCGUCGUGGUCGCUGGUGCACGUCUCGCAGCAGGACAUCGACUACAAGUACCGGCCCAAAUUCGAGUUUUUGCGCAUCCAUCCCAAACGCUGGGUGUUCAACUACUUUGGCUACGCGCUCACCGCCGCCGUGCUUCUGGUGUACGUCCGGUGCAUAUACCGAGUCGUCGAGCUGGCCGAGGGCUGGCACGGCGACCUGAUCACCCACGAGGUCUACUUCAUCAUUCUGGACGCGCUCAUGAUGUCCAUGGCCACCACCCUCAUGACCGUGUUCUACCCGGGAUUCGCCUUCAAAGGUCGCACCGUCAAGAUUCCCAUCGAGAAAGGCUCGGAAUCCGAAAAAGUCGACUCCACUAUGCAAUCUCAUUCCUCCAUGGAAAUUGACCCAUACAACGACAAAGAGACGUUGCCACAGCCGGGAAUUCCCUCCCGACCCCCAUCAAGGUCGCAAUCUUUCCCGCAUGUCCGCAAUUCCACCGAUCGCACCACCCACUUAGUUUAG